AUGAACAUGACUAGCAUUCCUUCAGCAAUAUCAGACACCAUUCUGAACAUGACACUCUUGGAUCUGGUGCCUCACUUCCAAAGUUUCAGCCCAGGGGACUUUGCCCUGUGGUUCCAGACUUACCUUUCCUUCUUCCUUCCUGGGAUUGGUCCAAACACCCUGUCGAUCAUCCCCAUGAACAUCAGCUGUGACUCCUACAGAGAGAUAGUGAAAGGACUUGAUAAUGUGUACAGUGACCUCUCUGCAACACAGUCCGACACUGUCUUCAAUUACACACAAGACUAUCUCAAGUACCAGUCCAGCCAAGGCCUGAGCUGCUACGGCAGAGGAAGCUUCUACGUGUUCCUGAAACAGAUGUUCCUCAAUUUUGGAUUCCCUGACCUGAAAGAUUUCCUGUCUCUGAUCCCAGCUGACCGACAGGCAGAGCUUUUGGGCUCCAUCUCUCCGGAAGAACUCAGCGAGUUUCUGAACAGGCCAAACACAGUCAUUGAUGGUUCUGAGCUCUGCACACUCCUCAACAACUACAAUAGAACCAAUCAAUACCUGGAGAUGGGGUCUGUUUUAUCCUCAGCUUUGGCCAGCCACACGUUGGGGUGUGUGUGGCCUCGUGCUCUCAAUGCCUCGUCUCAGGCUGAUGUAGAACAGUGGUUUAAUGUCACCCUGGUUCACUACCUGCCCUACCUCAGUUCUCAGCUCAUCAGCUCUGCCCAGCUCAGUGGCGCCUCCUGUCUGUCAUACAGGAAACUGUGAGUAUUUGUUUGAUGUACCAUUACACAGGGUUGUCAGCACAAACACUGCCCCCUGUCUCUUGGCUAAAAAAUUGAGGAUCUGUACUAAAAUCACUUCUAUAUGUAUAUAUGUAUGUAUGUAU